UUCAGGUACAUUUCCUCUACGCCAGUGUUCUCCGAAGUGUUCCUCCUUCAGGAGCAGUUCAGUGCAGGCCGGCACCUCCUCCAGCAGGCUUCAGAACCACCGCAGGAUGACCAUGCAAAUCCUCAUAGACUCUGUGGAGCAGCAGGAGGAGAACACGGAGGACAGAGUGGUCAGGAAGGACGGCGUCUUUCGCUCCCUGCUGCGUGGUCUCUUUUGGCCUUUUGGCCUCGUGGUGCGGGCAUACCGUGGAGUUUGGUGGGUGCUGGGCUUCCGGCCGCCGAGGGAACAGCCCGCCGUUAACGCGGUUGUUUCCAGCCCUGAACGCCAGAGUCUGAUCGGCCGCAAGCGCCUGCACCGGGUCACCCGCCUGUUCCUGGCCAUCCUGCCCCGCUGGGUGCAACGCGCCCUGGGUUACCCCGUGUCCAGCAGCAUUGGCCGGGCUCUCACUCCAGAAAUCAGAGUGUCUCCUACUAAACCAUGUGGAAAGGGCAGCAAGAGGAAGCAGGAUGACUUGGAGGAUGAAGAGGAAGACGAGGACCAUCCCACCUGGGUGGAAGCCCUCACUCAGGAGCUAGCCGAGGAUGUCGGCCCAGAGGAAGAUCCGGACUACGAGCCCAGUUCUGUGGAGACGGAGAGUGAAGAAUACCACUCGCGCAACAAUACAGAGAGUGACAUUGAGGUUCCAGAGAAGGGCCUGGUUGUAAUUGAAGAUGUAAAUGUGGUUAUUGAUCCAUUUACUCCAGCUCAGGACUCUUUGCCUGGUGUUUAGUGUUUGAAUGUUGUCUGUUCGUUGUUACGUAUCUUUAACAUGUACAAUAAAAUGUGUUCCCUGACACUGCCGUGUUUGCCCACUAGAUGUCAGUAAAGAUGUAUGUAAUUAGAACAGAAUAGACGUACUGGUCACUUGACACUUGCUCGAAAGGCACAAAUACAAUUGCCUAUACGGUAACCUGGCUGUCAGUUAUGGACCUGGACUGUUGUAGGCCUACUGCUGUUGAACUAAAUGUAACGUCUGGUAUUCAAACCAGUCUGUUCGUUGUUGGAUUUGAACUUUCCUGCGUAUGUUGGUUACUGUAAUGACAGCCAUUAAUUCUUAAUGUAACACAACAUGGUUUGCUUCUCGGUUUGAAACAACUGACAGAUGCUAUUUAAAAUGGUAUUUGAGUUAAGAAUCAAUGAUUUAGAUCAGCUCGUUUUGAGAUUCCUUCUAAGAAGGAAGAUGUGGAAAUUUCACUGCAAAUCUUAGAUGACAGCCAAUUGAGGCUUCAUGAAGCUUGGCUCAAUUGUACAGUCUUGCAAUAACAUGGUUCAGUGAGUAAACAAUGGUGUGGAUGUCAUCUGUUACUUGAA